AUGGCUCAUUCUAUCCCCAUGACGCAUACCUUCUCACGUCCCGUGUUCCAGGUAUACCCCCUUUCAGACUGUAAGGACAUGCUGUCAGAAAGAGACGGUGCUGAGUUUGUUGCUCAGAUGCAGGACUACCUGGCUCAAAUACGAGCUCUCCCCAAGGCUGUCAGUCCAGAAUAUGCCAUCUGCGACUCUCUGGGCGGAGCUUGCAGAGACCCUCGCACUUGCGAUGCAAAUCCCGUAGGGCCUUUCGUGGACGAGGAGGCUUUUAACCAGGUCCUGCGAAACCCCGACGAGUUGAGCCGCAGAGGACACAAGGUCUUGUUCACGCAUGGGGAUCUGAAUCCCCGGAAUAUCUUGGCUGAUCGGGUCAUCCGGCCGGAUGGGACUCGCGGAUGGAAAGUGUCGGGGAUUGUGGACUGGGAGACUUCCGGGUACUUCCCUGAAUAUUGGGACUAUACUAAGGCGCUUUUUGAGGGAUUUAGGUACACCUAG